AUGAAGACGACACACCUCGCCUGGACGCUGCUCCUGUUCGCCGCCACCGCGCUAUCUAUCGUCAUUCCCAUCCCAGCCCGAAAUCCAGACAGAGAACACUAUCCCAACGUGCUGCACCAACUCAACCACAUGCAACCCACCAACAGCCUCAUGUGUCGGCUGAGCCACCAGAGCAUGUCCUGCUACGGCGGCCCCGCGGUCACUCUGCAGACGUGCCAGGCCACAUGUACGUGCGACAACGGCCGCAUCUCGUGCCCCAGCUACAAGUACUGCGACGACAGCACCAUGGACACCUUCUGCGGCGGCCUGUGUCAAUGUGGCGCCCCGGCCUCGGCCAGACCCAAGAUCAACAAAGAAGCCGAGAUCGUCAUGAGUCCGCACCACUACUCGCCUCCGCGGGCGCCCUUCGACGACGACGACGACGACAGCGACGACGAUGACGAAGAGAGUCUGAGGCAGAAAAGACAAGGGUCAUGGUGA